GGCCGGGGACAGGCCGGGCCGGGAGCGGCAGCCGACCCGAGGCGGAGACAUGGCGUCGCAGCCUCAGCCUCCCCCGAAACCCUGGGAGACCCGCCGAAUUCCGGGGGCCGGGCCGGGACCAGGACCCGGCCCCACCUUCCAAUCUGCUGACUUGGGUCCUACUUUAUUGACAAGACCUGGACAACCUACACUAACCAGAGUGCCCCCACCUAUUCUUCCAAGGCCCUCCCAGCAGACAGGGAGCAGCAGUGUGAACACUUUCAGACCUGCUUACAGUUCAUUUUCUUCUGGCUAUGGCACCUAUGGAAAUUCAUUUUAUGGAAGCUAUAGCCCUUAUAAUUAUGGAUAUAAUGGGCUGAGCUUUAACCGCCUCCGUGUAGAUGAACUUCCACCCAGUAGGUUCGUUCAGCAAGCAGAAGAAAGCAGCAGAGGUGCAUUUCAGUCCAUUGAAAGUAUUGUACAUGCAUUUGCCUCUGUCAGUAUGAUGAUGGAUGCUACCUUUUCCGCUGUCUAUAACAGUUUCAGGGCUGUAUUGGAUGUAGCAAAUCACUUUUCCAGAUUAAAAAUACACUUUACAAAGGUUUUUUCAGCUUUUGCUUUAGUUAGGACUAUAAGAUACCUUUAUAGACGAAUACAGUGGAUGAUGGGUUUGAGAAGAGGCUCGGAGAAUGAAGACCUGUGGGCAGAGAGUGAAGGAACUGUGGCCUCCCUUGGUGCUUAUGACCCAGCAGCUAACUCAGCAAAAUCUUGGCCAAUAUUCUUGUUCUUUGCUGUUAUUCUUGGUGGUCCUUAUCUCAUCUGGAAGCUUCUGUCUACUCACAGUGAUGAAGUAACAGGCAACAUCAACUGGGCAAGUGGUGAAGAUGACCACGUAGUUGCUAGAGCAGAAUAUGAUUUUGCUGCUGUAUCUGAAGAAGAAAUUUCUUUCCGUGCUGGUGAUAUGUUAAACUUAGCUCUCAAAGAACAACAACCCAAAGUGCGUGGCUGGCUUCUGGCAAGUCUUGAUGGUCAAACAACAGGACUUAUUCCUGCAAAUUAUGUCAAAAUUCUGGGUAAACGAAGAGGUAGAAAAACAGUAGAAUUGAGUAAAGUUUCCAAGCAGCAACAAUCUUUUACCAACCCAACAGUAAUUAAAGGAGCCACAGCUGCUGAUUCCUUGGAUGAACAGGAAGCUGCCUUUGAAUCUGUUUUUGUUGAAUCCAAUAAGGUUCCUGGUACACCUGAAUCCACAGGGAAAAGUGGAGAUAAACAAGAUCUUUGAUAUCUUUCAUGUUUGGGUGCAGUUGAACAAUACUUUAGAGUACUUUUAAAAAUCAUUUCUUAUAAAGAAAUUAGUCUACAAUUCAAUGAAAACAUUUGUUAUUGGCUAUUCCAGGUGUUUUGCUGCUAGAAAUUAUUAAAGUUAUACACUAAUAUGUUGGUCUAGUGACCUGGUUACAUUUUACAAUUUAUUGGACCACGAAGACAUUUAUUUCACCUAGCUUUUAAGAUUAUGGAGAUUGCUCUCAUUUUCCUGUAUUUAAGUCCCUUGGCUUAUUAGAACAGUAAUUUUGAUGAACUAUAGAAUAUAUGGUUUACUUCAGAAGGGAUCAUUAAUGCUUUUCAGAGUUGUAGGUUAAGUGACUUGAAAUCCUCAAAAAUUCAGUGAUAACAUAUACAUAUCAGAAUAGGCCAAAAAGCUAAUUUUUUAUAAUCUUAAGUAAACUGAAUAAAAAUUUUCUGAUGUUUUAUGUCCAGUGUUGGGUUUACUUUAGGUAGUAAUAUGUUUUUACCUACAAAUAAUAGAUAAAAUUAUCUUUUAUACAUAUUAUCUUGAAACAGUCACUGUGAAAGCAUUAUAAAGGUAGUCCUAGAAUGACAGAGUAUAACUCUUCUCUUUACAACUAGUUUUUACCCUGAAUCAGUAAAAAUACAUAAAAAGAUUUAUUUUCUUUUUCCUCCAACCCAAGAUUCUAGUCCUUUUGGGCUUGCACUUAAUGAUAUAAUCAAUUCUAGUGGUAGGGAGUUUUAAUUUUUUCAUUGGUUCUCUGUUACCUUGUGUAAUUAUAAAAUUUCCAUAUUAAAAUUCUUUAAACAUUGAAAAUAUAUGCCAUUAAAUACACAUUUCUUUUUU